AUGGCAUCUUUAUUCUGGGGAGCUUCACCAUUUGAUGAUCUAGUAGACAAAGCAACAUCGGAGCUCUUACCUGCUGGAGGAUCGGACAUUGCGCUCAAUCUCGAGAUAUGCGACCAGAUUAGGUCGAAGAGCACGACGCUCAUUCUUGCUAUGAGGGCCAUAAAACGCCGCAUAGAUCACAAGAACCCUAAUGUCCAGUUAUUGGCUCUUGAGUUAGCUGACACAUGCACCAAAAAUGGGGGAGACACCUUCCUCCAGCAGGUCGCGUCAAGAGAGUUCAUGGAUGAUCUCGCAUCCAUUGUGAAGUCGCCUGGGGUGAACCGGGAUGUGAAGCUGAAGAUUCUGAGACUGGUGCAGACCUGGGCGCGGGGCAUGGAGGGUAACUCGGAGCUGAAGUACGUUGGCGAAACGUACAAGACUCUGAAAUCAUCUGGUUUCGAAUUCCCACCGGAAUCACCCCGUGAGGCAGCUGCGACUCUGUUUCAGACCGCGACUGCGCCCAUGUGGGGAGACUCCGACCGUUGUAUGCGUUGCCGCGAGCCGUUUACGAUGACAUUCCGCAAGCAUCAUUGUCGUAAUUGCGGACAGACGUUCUGUCAAAGUUGUUCAUCCUACACCUCGCGUCUGGAUCAUUUUGGCAUCAACACCGAAGUACGUGUCUGUAAAGACUGUCACGACAAGAUGACAAGGAAGACGGUUGAGGCCGCUAAGAGGGAGUUGAAGAAAGAUGGUAUCGGGAGCAGAAAUUGGGUGAAGAGAGAGCGAGAGAGAGCAGACAAGGACCUGGAGCGGGCUAUUGCACUCAGUUUGGCAGAAGCUAAGAACAUGGGACACGUGGAUGACGGCGCAAUGUUCCGGCCUGCUGUAUUGUCCAAAGGGUAUCCGCCACCGACGACGAUUGCGGAAGAGGACGAUCCGGAUUUGGCCGCAGCCAUCAAAGCUUCCUUGGAAGAAUACCAGACGAUGAACGUACCCAGCGCGCCGUCGCCCAUGCCCGAGCGGCCCGGCACAGUGGAAUCCUACUUUCCGCAACCCCCACCCGCCUUGCCUAACUACGAUCUGAUGGAUUCGGAAACACUUACUAUCCUUGACUUCUCGGAAGCCAUCGAAAACGGUGCUUCGGCCAGAAGUGUUGAUGGAUUGCACAAUCGAGCAGAUAGACUAAGACCGAGGCUUGUGCGGAGUUUGGAUGAUACCGAACGAAAAGAACAAAUAUUGACGGAUAUGCACGGAAAGCUCGCUGAGGUUGUCAAGCUCUUCGACAGCCAUCUGAAUGCUCAAUUGGAACGGCGUGCAAGCUCGUACCAUCAGCCACAGCGAACCCAGACUUACGCCUCUUUUGCGCCUCAACGGACUGUCUCUCCUCAGGCAUCAUAUGGACCACCCCAGCAGCAGCAAUAUGCCCCGCCUCAGCAACAACCUUAUGCACCCCAGCAGACAUACGCUGUGCCUCAACAGCAAGCCUAUGCACCACCACCUUUAACAUACCAGGAGCCUGUGCAGCCGCCUCAACAGUCAUACGUGCAACAACCACCGCAACAAAUGUACACCUCACCUCCCAAACAACAACAGCCUAUCUCAACCGUCCAGGCAUAUCCCUCUUCACCGGUCCGUUCCAACACCGGCAUAAUAUCGCCCCCUCCCAUGCAAGCAUCCACUUCACCGGUCAUGCAAAUGUCGGUGCCGCAAAGCGCGCUGGUUUCUGCUCAAGCGCAGCCCGUGCCAGCUGCUCCACCUGCUGUUACAUACCAAGCCCCUGUCUCUCAGCCUCACCCAUAUAUGAAUCCUCCAGCUCCUCCGUCUAGGCAACAGUCGUAUGUUGCACCUGCAGCCCCGGCCCAGCCCGCAUACGUGACUUCCCCUGCUCCAUCUCCUACUCAACAGUUACCUCCUCAGCUAAUGCAAGCCCAACCUCCACCACAACAAUAUGCACUUGCUCAGGCCCCUCCCAUCCAAGUGCAACCUGUGCAACCGCCGCCUCAGCAGCUUCCUGCUUUCCCACAGGCACCUCAGAAUGUGUUCCCGUCUGCCUUCCCAGAAGCGCCAAAGGAGCUUCCGAAUUCAUUCGCAUACGCACCUGUAAGGGAAGAGAAGGAGGUAGCCUUGAUUGAGUUGUAG